AAGCCAAUGGCAGGUCUCCUUCCGCAUCAAAAUUUCUUCUUAAUUUCUUCUCAAAAAGCCAAUGGCAGCACGUCUCCUUCUUAAUUUCUUCUCAAAAAGCCAAUGGCAGCACAUCUCCUUCCCCAUCAUAAUUUCUUCUUAAUUUCUUCUCCUCUUUCUCUCUUCACUGCGUCUUGUGUUACAUGAAAUGGGGGAUUCAGGGGAGAAGCUCAUUCUCUACUCCUACUGGCGGAGCACCUGCUCUGAACGAGCCCGCAUCGCCCUCAAUCUCAAAGGGUUGGAUUAUGAGUACAAAGCAGUGAAUCUUCUAAAAGGCGAGCAAUCGAAUCCAGAGUUUGAGAAGAUCAAUCCAGUUAAAUAUGUCCCUGCACUGGUUGAUGGGGAUGUAGUAGUUGCUGAUUCGUUUGCAAUCAUAUUGUAUCUGGAAGACAAGUAUCCCCAGAAUCCUCUCUUACCUCAAGAUCUUAAAAAGAAAGCCUUGAAUCUUCAGAUAGCAAGUAUUGUCAGUUCAAGUAUUCAGCCUCUUCGGAGUCUUACUGUACUGCAAUACAUUGAGGAAAAUCUUGGUUCUGAGAAAAAACUUCAAUGGGCUCAACUUCAAAUCAACAAAGGAUUCACGGCUCUUGAGAAACUGUUGGCUGGUGUUGCUGGAAAAUAUGCUACAGGAGAUGAAGUCCUAUUGGGAGAUGUGUUUCUAGCACCCCAAAUUUAUGCGGGAGUGAAGCGCUUUGCAAUUGACAUGUCUAAUUAUCCUACGCUGGCAAGGCUCCACGAAGCCUAUAUGGAGUUACCCGCAUUUCAAGCCGCACUCCCUGAAAGACAACCGGACGCGCCUUCCUCACCUUAGCAGCCUCAGCGGAAGUUGGAUCGCCCACUCAGCGUAUGUCAUCAAGAAUAAAAAAGUCUAUAAGAUUCUACUAGCUGAGCAAAAAAUAUGUAUGUGUAUGUGCUUGAAUCUCACGGUUAUGAACUUCAAGAUAUGCUUCGAUAUCAAUAAAAGCGCAAGACUUUGUGGUUACUUCUUUGUAUAUUGUUAGUAAUCCGCCUUCAAGGGACAAUUGAUACCCCAAGUGUUGUAAUGCUUCAUAUGACUUGUUCACAUAGCAUUAAAAGUUCAAGGUUUCAGAAAUCUUUUACAUUGUUA